AUGAGGUCAUUCAACCAGGUUUCAUCAGCCCCAGGCGGGGCAAGCAAAGGUGGUGGAGAAGAGCCCGGGAAGCUGCCGGAGCAGGCAGAGGAGGAAUCCCAGGUUUUGCACGGAACUGGCCACUGUAAGUGGUUCAACGUGCGAAUGGGAUUUGGAUUCAUCUCCAUGAUAAACCGAGAGGGAAGCCCCUUGGAUAUCCCAGUCGAUGUAUUUGUACACCAAAGCAAAUUAUUCAUGGAAGGAUUUAGAAGCCUAAAAGAAGGAGAACCAGUGGAGUUCACAUUUAAAAAAUCUUCCAAAGGCCUUGAAUCAAUACGGGUAACAGGACCUGGUGGGAGCCCCUGCUUAGGAAGUGAAAGAAGACCCAAAGGGAAGACACUACAAAAAAGAAAACCAAAGGGAGACAGAUGCUACAACUGUGGUGGCCUUGAUCAUCAUGCUAAGGAAUGUAGUCUACCUCCUCAGCCAAAGAAGUGCCAUUGCUGUCAGAGCAUCACGCACAUGGUGGCGAACUGCCCUCACAAAACUGUGGUGCAGCUGCCCGCCGGUUCUCAGGGAAGACAGGAAGCAGAGCCCCAGCCGUGCACCGCGUUCCCUCGAGAGGUGGGGGGGGGCCACGGCUAUCCGUCACCACCGUUUCCUCAGGAGGCGAGGUCCGAGGUCUCAGAGUGGCCAGGCAGGUCACCUGCAGAAGCUUCCUCCACAAAGUCACCUGCAGCACCAGAAGAUCAAAGCAAAAAGGGGCCUUCCGUGCAAAAAAGGAAAAAGACAUAA